CAUGAAUCAAUAUUGAAUUUUCUCAACUGCUUUUUCUGCAUCUAGGGAGGUAAUAUUUUUAAUAAUCUUGUGAUAUGGUAAAUUUAGGUGAUUAAUUGUUUUUUCUUUACUGUUCAACCUGUCAUGGAGAAGGACUGCAUGGGAAUAAGCCAUACUUGGUUGUGACAUAUUAUCCUUUUCAUAUAUAGCUCUAUUUGUUUUAAAAAUAGUAAUUUUUAAUAAAUACUAUUUAUUUUAAAAAUAGUAAUUAAAUCAAAUAUUGUCACUUAUACCUAUAUAAAUCCUCAUAGGAUUUAAGAGAGCUUAAGAGUCAUGACCCAUUGGCUUAUAAAUUCAGUCAACAAAUACAUGACAAUUGCUAUGUACCAGACAUUCUGGUGCUGGAGAUUAGAACAUUGAACACAAUGCUGCUAAAGCUAUAUUCCUUCCUAGAAUGUAAUGCAAUGGCAGGUAGUGAUUGUGCUAUGAAGUCAACAAGGGUUUCCAGUGAUUAUCUGCAGGAAUCGCCAUGACCCCAGCUCUGAGGGAAGCCACAGCAAAGGGUAUCUGCUUUUCAUCUUUGCCAAAUACCAUGGAGUCUGAGAAGAUACUAUGCAUGGAAAGUGCAAGAACUAUAGAUGAAAAUCUAAAGGGAGACACUUUCUCUCAGUUGCUGGGAUUUCCAGCCCCUGAACCUACUCUUAACACUAAUUUUGUGAAUUUAAAACGUUUUGGCUCCCCCCAGCCUUCAAAACAUUAUCAGACAGUUCUUUUAAUGAGUUCUAACUCUACUUUAAAUAAAUACAAUGAGAAUUAUAAACAAAAGAAAUCAGGGGAGCCCAACUGCAAUAAGCUUAAAAAAAUACUGCGUAAUGGCAACAACAUUCAGCUCAGUAAAAUGUGCCAUUCUCAUUCUGAAGAGCUCAUUAAAAAGGAACCUCUAUCAGAUACAAGCCAGUGCAUGAAAGAUGCACAAAUCACUUUGGAUGCAAAUCUAACCAAAGAUACGAAUGUAGAUAAAGCCCAACUGCAAAACUGUAAACAGUUCCAAAAGAAUGCACUUUUGGAUAAAGUUACUGAUGCUGACAUUAAAAAGGGUUUAUUGUACUGUGCUCAAAAGAAAACUGGACCUGGCCUCUCAAAUAUGCCUGAUAGUUCCUCAGCUGCUGAGAAAGAGCAGGAAGUCAAUGCUCGUUUACUUCACUGUGUAAGCAAACAGAAAAUUUUACUUAGCCAGGCUAGAAGAACUCAGAAACAUUUGCAGAUGCUCCUGGCAAAGCAUGUUGUUGAGCACUAUGGUCAGCAAAUGAAAUUUUCUAUGAAGCAUCAGCUGCCCCAAGUGAAGAGUUUUCAUGAGCCUACCAGAGUUUUGGAUAACAGUUUACCAACACGCACUGAAAUUAAGCCAGAAGUCAACAUAUUGACUGCAGAGAAUAAACUGUGGGAUGAUACACAAAAUGGCUUUACUCGGUGUACGGCUGCAGAAAUCCAGAGAUUUGCACUAUCUGCUACAGGGCUGUUGUCUCAUGUUGAAGAGGGUCUGGAUUCUGAUGCAACUGAUAGCAGCUCUGAUGACGAUUUGGAUGAAUAUACCGUUAGAAAAAAUGUGUCAGUUAACCGUAGUACUGAAUGGAAGUGGCUUGUAGACAGAGCAAGAGUUGGCAGCCGAUGGACGUGGCUUCAAGCCCAGAUUUCAGAGCUAGAAUACAAAAUCCAACAACUAACAGAUGUUCAUAGGCAGAUUCGUGCCUCCAAGGGCAUAGUGAUCCUAGAAGAAAGUAAGCUUCCAAAAGAUAUUCUGAAAAAACAAAUACAGUUUGCAGAGCAAGCAGCUUCAUUAAACACUACAGAGAAUCUUCAGGUUCCCCAGAGAAGUCAAGAGCCUUUACCAGAACAAGAUUUUGAAAUGUCACCAAGCAGCCCAACACUUCUUCUUCGAAACAUAGAGAAACAGAGUGCUCAGCUGACUGAAAUCAUCAACAGUUUGAUUGCACCUCUCAACUUAUCGCCAACUUCAUCACCCCUGUCCUCGAAAUCCUGUAGCCAUAAAUGUUUCACUAACGGCAUUUCCCGAAGUUCUUCAGAAAAUUUAGAGGAAUUCUCUUCAUCCAGUAGCUGGUUACUUAAUCAGAAGCACAGUAAGAAAAGGAGAAAAGACAGGAUAAGACUGAAAUCUCCAUCUUUGACUAUCAUGAGUACAGCAGCCCGAACAAGACCGCUUCAGAGUUUCCAAAAACGAAAACUCUACAGAUUGAGCCCCACUUUUUACUGGGCUCCUCAGAUUUUGCAUUCAAAAGAAACAUCAUUUUUAAACCCCACAGAAAUGCCUUGCCUGCGGUCAGCUCCAACUGGGAUGAACUGUAAACACAAUUCAAAGUCUCAGAUACUAAGAGAACAUGUUUCAGAGUUAGAUUCCUCUUUCCAUUCUGUUCUAUCCUUGCCAUCAGAUGUGCCUCUUCAUUUUCACCUUGAAACAUUAUUUAAAAACAAUGAAAUAAGAGGAGAUCUUUCUGCAAAUCGAAUUGUAGGCAACUGUAUCUUAUCACCAUCAACUGUACACAGUACCUCUUUGAAUCAGUGGAGAAAUGGAUAUUCAGCUAUGUGUAAGCCUCAAGUAAGGUCAGAAUCUUCUGUACAGCUGUUACAGGGAAGAAAGAAAAGGCAUUUGAGUGAAACAGCAGUAGGAGAAAGGGAUAGAUUUGAGGAAUUUGCUUUCCAACACACAGAACCAGGAUCCCAUUGCAAUUUUACUGCUGUCUCUAAUUUCAAUGUUAUAUCAAGAACCCAGAAUUCAUCAUCACAAAGUACUGCACGACGGAGGUUAAGAAGUGAAAGCUCUUAUGACAUAGAUAACAUUGUGAUUCCUAUGUCAUUAGUAGCCCCGGCUAAGUUAGAAAAACUCCAAUAUAAGGAAAUACUGACUCCAAGCUGGAGGAUGGCUGUUCUUCAGCCUUUGGAUGAAUGUAACUUAGGUGAAGAGGUAGAAGAUCUUUCUGAUGAAGCCUUCUCUCUAAGACACAAAAAAUAUGAAGAGAGAGAGCAAGCCAGGUGGUCACUAUGGGAACAAAGCAAGUGGCACAGGAGAAACAGCAGAGCUUACAGUAAAAACGCUGAAGGACAGGAGGUGCUCCUCAAGGAGUCCCCAAGUGACUUCAGUGGCAGUCAGCACUACGCUGCUCAAAGUCCCCCUGCACUGCCGCCAGCACACCGUGACCUGUGUGUACAAGGCUCACCCUUUGCAAAUGAAAGCCAAGAAAUCAAGUCUCUGUGGUGGGAACGACGGGCUUUUCCGCUGAAGGAUGAAGACACAGCAGCCUUAUCCUGCCAAGAUGAAGGAAAGGAGCAGCCAGAGAGGCCAAGCACAGCUUUCCAGGGUGACGUCUUCGGUACCAGUGCAUCAGAGAAUGGACACCAUCUAAAAAACCAGUUUGACGGAACGGAAGAGUAUAAAGCCUUAGGUCUAGCACUUACUAAUGUUAAAAAAAACAGGUGACAGGGAACAGGUAAAGAAAAUUAUCUAAAUGAAGAGAAGAAAGGAGGAAAAAUAAGCUGUGUUCUGGACCUUCCACACCCUUUCGUCCCAAUUCCAGAAAGAGAAUGGACUGCAUGUAUUCAUCUUUUACGCUGUCUAUGAAACAGGCAAGAGAAGCCUCUUUUUCCUUCCUGAAGCACAGAAGUAGCUAGCUUUCCACCUAGAGACAAAUGUUCAUCAUUUGUGUUUAUCAUACAAAUUACAAGCACCAAUAUAUUAACUGCUGCAAUCUGAUGUCCAAUCACCUUACUGGGUAAUUUUUAAGACACCACACCCUGACACCCACACCCCCAUACUCAGACACACAGACACACACCAAGCAUCAGAUGGCAGUUCUUUUUUCUAUUCCUCUGACAAUUCACUGAAACUCCCUCAGCAACAUACUGGAAUAUAUACAUGUAUAUACAAUAUAUACACAUAUGCACACAUGCAUAGUUUUAAAACUGCACCUGCAAUGACCCACUCCACUUGAAAAUCCACAUAUGGCCCACCCUAUGAAACGUAAGCUGUAAUACAGAGCACAGGCUUCCAAUGAGGAAAGAUGCCUAGGAGUUUGACUGUGGAGAGGGAGUACUUUUGGCUUUGUGUUUAACAUGUUUAAACAACAGAAGUUAUUUAAGGAAAUUCUUCUGUCAAAUAACACAAUACUCAUCUAUUUAAAUGCCGCUAUCUGCUGGACUAACCACAGGGUACUGUUUACUCUUAACAGAGUUAAGACACGCAAAUCAGAGUUAAGUAUCGGUGCAAUUUUAAACUAUUACAUCUUUGAAAACUCAAUUUAUUGUGCCUACAUUAUUUUAUGUAUCUCAUGAAGAAAAAUCAACUUAAAAUGUGGAAUAAACAGGAAAGCCCUUCAUUAUAACUUUUUUAAUAAUUAUAAUUCUAGCUAAUUUGCUCCUACAUUGCCAUAACUAUUCAAAUAAAACUCUAUUCUUAUCUGCACCCCACGCAUUAAAAUGUUCAAAGGACAAUACUUCAGUGUUAGAUACUAUGGAGCACACAUUAAGGAGGAUUCCUUUUGAAACUAUUAAGCUAUGUUUUUCCUAUGUGAAAGUUGAAAACAAUCAGUAUGUUUUCAUAUAACUGAAAAUCCUGGCCAUCUGGCCUAGUCUAUGGAACUUAACAGUAAGUUUUUGUUCAGGAUUGGAAAUUAUACUGUUCCCUUCAAAAGAAACAACAAAUUCCAAUUCAAUACUGACAAACUUUUGCUUGUUGUUUUACUGUACAUUUGUUUUUAAAAAAAAAAAAAAAAAAAAAAACAAGUCUGACAAACCCAAGUUGUCCUGGUAAAUAAAUUCAAAUCUUCGUCAUGUCUGAUAUUAUAUAAUCUUCUAUGUAAGUUUUUUAAUUAAAGUUAUUUCUAUA